UAUUCCAGCAAGACCAUUUCAUUUCAGCGGGCACAUCUGGUGGUGGGUUUUGCAGAGGUUUUAGGGUUCGAUUCGACUCGAGACUGAGCAAGAAAGAAACAAAAAUGGCAGCUUCGGUGGCCGGAAGAUCCAGACUAGUGUACGCUUUGUGCAGAGCAUCGAAGAAUUCUUCUUCUUCUUCUUCCUUUUCAGCGCCCAGAAGAUUCUCAGUGCCAUUGCGUCCGUCCAAUUUGGUGCCUCGUCGGUCUCCAAUUUCCCCUCCUCCUCUUCUAAGGUUGGUCCGACGAGAAUUGUGCUCUCUUCAACCCGUCCACGCCGCAAUCGCUUCCGCUUGCCUCGUCUCCAAGCUCUCCAGCGAAGUUAGCCCCUCCGCCGAAGGUAGAUUUGCAAACUAUCUCAGUCCCAUCUAGUACCAAGUGGAUGGAAAGAUCAAGAGUUUGUUCUACUUCUUGUUGUUGGCUGAUUAGUAGUUUUGUGGAAAAAGUUGGAGUUCAGGUCUUCCAGGCUUAAUUGUUGAACAUGAUUUUUGCCUUUCUUUUACUACAAUAGCAACCCUUGAGCUAUUUCCUGAAAUUCUCCUACUUUGCUAUAUGAUAAAUUUGAUUUAAUUUUGAUGAGUCAAUCUAUGUUUUCCUGUUGUUUUCA